UGUUUGACCAUCGUACCCUCCGUGCCCCACCUCCCAUUAUUGAUAAUCACCAGUGGCAUUUUCGUCUUGAACGGGGGAAAAUUCAUAAACAAAAGGGAAAUUAAUUUCCCUCUCUGUCUCCUUUUUUUUUUUUAUUGGUUUCUUCUGAGAAUUCAAAUUUCAGAUCGUUACAAACUGAGACGACGGGAGGGAAGAAAGAAACAGAAGAGAAGAGAGAAGGAAGGAAGGAAGGAGAAAGAAGACGAUCUAUCCAUUUUAAUGACUUUUUGGAAUGUAAUGAACCAAUAAAUGAAUUGAUCGAAUUCUUUUAUUUUUUGUAUAUGGACUAGGGAUUAUUAUUCAUUUAUUUGCUUGCCUGUUUUGGAUUCUGUUGUUACUGUGUAAGAGCGAGCGGGCACUGCUGCUGUCCCGCUGAGCCCGACCCUCCCUUUUUCUCAAUCGAAGCGAUUCAUUAGGGUUUUCAGCUCGCCGGAGAAGAGUGGAAAAGUGAUUUGGCGGCGUCUGAAUGGUGUGUGGCCGUUUGAGGGGUUUAGAGUGAAUACAGUGCAGUGAGUGAGUCGAGCGAUUUGAGGGAGGAAAUGGAAAGCGGAAUGGAGGAGGAAAUGGAGGUGGAGUUGUUUUACUACGAGGCUCGGGAAGUAGAUCCUGACUACGAGUUCGAUGCGCCGAUGUUCUUCGAUUUCAGCCGGGAGGAGACCUUCGCGGAGGCGCUGCUGGCCGAGCGGUGGUUCGGCGCGGCGUGUAGUUACCCUCCGUCUCCAUUUGUGGCAAAGUUGGUGCUGAGAGAGGAAAUCAUGUUGCAGAACAUUAAUACAUCUCCAAAACCUAAAGGUGCUGAAUAUAUGACCACCUCGCUCAAUGAUGAAGACGGUGGUGCUCUGGGCCCGGAAAGUGCAGCGGUGGGGGAUGACCAUAAAGAGACAUGGAAUAUGACUGGUGUUCCUUUGCCUGGAAAUACAGGGCGGGGAUCGAUAUGAACCAUUCUAGUUUGGUGCUCUAACAUGCCUAGAUAUGAGACCUGAGUUUUCUAGUUGAUACAGAAAUCAAGCUUCAAAUGUUUAUGUGCUUAAUCUAGGAUCUUGGCUUGAAUCAUUUGCUAAGUGUCAGUGUGAUCAAAUAUAAACUUCCAUUCCCAGCACUGAUCAUUUGAAAAAAAUUCCCAAUCCAGGGCCAGAACUAGCAACAAUCAGUGUCCUAUCGUAACUGUGCAUUCAUGUUCGAUGCUUCAAAUGACCAUCACUUUUUCAUGGAUCCUGUGAUCAGAGUGUAUUGUUUUUGUUCCCCUUUUAGGAAGAACUCGGAAAGAUUGGUACCUUUAAUACUUCUGUGGCCUAUUCCGGCCCAACAGGAUUCAUAUUUUACAAUCAUGUAUUGAGUGAUAAAUUCAAAGCCAAGGAGAAUCCGUUGAAGCCUAAAUCUCGAGGUUGCUCAACUUUGAUGAGACCAACAGCCAGUCUGUUGGCUAAGCAAAUACGAGCACCACAUGUUGGCGGUUCAAGGUUUCAAAUGGUUCUAGAUCAGAAAGGAAAAAGCAUACCUAACUCUUCCAUGGUCGAAAAUCAGGCUGCCAAACGGCAGAAGUUAGAGGGAGGUCAUCUGCGUAAGGUUGGUGAUGCAAAUCCCCAGACUGAUUUCCUCCAUAAAGCACCUGCUAAGCUGAGGAUAACCAUUCCAAGAGAGCCGGACUUUGAGACAGCACAUAGAGCACACAGAACAAGGCCUAUGAUUACAUCAGAAUUUGAACAUACAACAGUUGCUGUUCGAAGAUUCAAAGCACGCCCGUUGAACCGCAAAAUUCUUGAGGCCCCGUCGUUACCUAUCCCAAAGAAAAGCACUCCAAGGUUGCCUGAGUUUCACGAAUUUCACUUGAAAACAUCAGAAAGGGCCAAGCAGCAUACUUCUGCAGUUUCAUCUUCCUCACUUCAGUGCUCCGGUUCUAAUCAGGGCAUGGACAAGCAGGCUACAUUCUCUGUUGCAGAAAUGGGAAGGAGAGAAUCCCGAAGACCCAGUACCCUCAAUGCUGCAAAGCAGGAUGGACAAACUGCAGCACACAUAUUCAAAGCUCGCCCACUCAAUAAAAAGAUUCUUUCAAGCAAAGGAGACAUAGGUGUUUUUCGAAACAGCAAGCGGCAAACCACAGUGCCCAUGGAGUUUAAUCUCCAUACAGACAAGAGACCUCAUCAUAAUCCUCCGACAGACCUAUUUAGCAAGUUGGCUGAUUGGAAAUUGCAGCUGUCAUUAAAAUCUGAAACCCAGCCAUGGGUGGAACCUCCGUCCCAGUUUACUCGAUCAAACCCUUCAGCUCAAGAGGGCUCAAAAGAGAAUCAGUUGAAUCAUCAGACAGACCACAAGAUGCAGCACGUACCGAAAGGAAGGCCAUCUGGUGGCUUUGGUGGAAAGCAGAUUCGCCCAGGAAGCAAUGGAUGCAACAGUGAUGUCGGGAACCAGUACGGCGUGAGGUAUGCAGCCGAGAAAAAGGUUAAUCACUGAUAUUCCAUGUUUUUUGCACCCUGCAUCUCCCAUACUUCUUGCCACACAAUCAAACUUCGGAAAUUGUUCUAGGAACUUGGGCAUCCGGUGAGAAGAGUAGCUGAGGCCUGACAAAAAGAAUCCCUUGGAAAGCAAGCAAUCAGAAUCCAUCACUUGAGACUUCUUUCCCCCACAACCCUUCUGCAAAACUGCACAACUGCCUUCGAGUCAGUUGAAGGAAUCGAUUUCUUCUAGAAGAAGAAAGCUGCUAUUCUCACACCAGCAAUGUACAUCUAACUUUACAACAGCGAUUAGGUCUCUCUCGACCCCUACCCUUUUAGUGGAAAGAAGAAUCUCUAGUUAAAAGGCCGGUGUUGUACAGCCAUUAGAGGCCUUUCUUACCCUUUAGCAGUAUACCAUAUUUUGGCCUUUCUUGCAGCAACCCAGAAAACCUCCCCUCCUUUGUAGCUCUCUUUUCUAAAUGUAAUCAGUAAUAAGAUUAUUGAUAUUUUGUUUCCAAUGUAGCUUCACCAGCUUCAGUAAUAGAAAGGAAGGAUAUGUAUCAUUAUAUCUCCAUUGCUUCUUACCACAAAAGGAACAAAAAAGUGUUACAAUUGCUAAUUUGCUAUGUGGUACUAUAUCUAUACUAUAGCUGCUGCUGAAGCCUUACAUUAUUUGUGAGUGGAUGAUUCCUUCUCAUCCCCAGAAUCCUUGUUGCCAGAGUUAUGCUUGUUCAACGCCUGUUUCGUCCACCUUCUGAAGCUGCUCUUCAGUGGCUUCUUGUCCCUCACGAGUCUCUUCUUCGUUAUGGCGAUGGCAAGAUCGUUCGGAAACAGAGUCCUCCACACAAAGCCAUGGAGCAAUGUGGAGACGAAAAGCAUCAGCACCAUCGUCGUCGACAUGAAGGACAAGAUCAACACGAGGACCUUGCUUGGGAUACAAGGUACGUGUUCUGCAUACUUAAUUGUCGCCACUGAUGCCGUUGUCAUUGGAAAUGUGUAAGACCACCACGCUACUGAGAACCUAAACCCGGUGAAGAACUUGACUCGAACGACAAGAGACACAUAGAGAAACAGAGCAAUGAAGUAGCAAGUCCUUGACAACCCAUCAAACUCCCCAUAUAUAGUCUCCCAAGCAAUGCUGGCCGCCGAUGGCGCCGCGAUGAACAUCGAGUAAACAGGAUGAAGCUCUUUAGGCAAUGCCUCACUCGUCGGCAGCCUCUGAUACAGAGUCACAAACACCACGAGGUAAUGCGCGAACCCUACCGCCCACAAGAACUUAGCGGCUUCCAGCCACCCCACUCUGGCCGCCAGAAUCGCCCCCACGAAGUUCCCCACCACUGACAGAUGAGAAGACGGGUUCGCCACCUUGCACAGCCGCCUCUUCCCGCCAGACAGCCACUGUCCGUAGAUCUUCAGCUCCAGGAAGAAGUAAGGCCCCAUGAAGACGCACCAUAUGGCCGGGUGGAGCUUCUCCGGCGAGAGCAUCGGUGGUGCUCCGAUGGCUAGGAACAUGCAGACGACCCAGGGUGCGAAGAAGAAGUUCACCCUGACCGGGUGGAAGUACUCACGACGAACGGCUUCGAAGUAGAAGAUGCAUUUGAGGAUGUAGGUGAUGGAGACAGAGAACAGGACUGCUAUGGCCAAGAGCCAGAGGAUGAGAUUGAUGAAUGGCGUGACAUGGAGGAAUUGGGUGGCAGGGGAAGUUGCUAGCGCUCGCCAGAGGACUGCUUGGCUGCUCAGGCCGAGACAGAUACCGAAGCAACCGAUUGGGAAGCGCAGGAGGAAUGGCCAGAGCUCGUCCUUUGGCAGCAGAAUGUCUUCAUAGUCCUUGACUUGGUCGAGCUCGGGUCCGGUAAGAGCAGCAAAGUACCUCCCAGCAGGAACACCAUUAUGAACAGAGUCGUGAUCACCACCGCCAUUAACAUGGUUCGAAUUCUGAUCAUUGUUAUUCCUCUGCCCCGACCAAUACUCCAUCGGGUCCGACCGAUUGUCACCUUUCUUAAUCGGCAGCAACGAAUUCUGCUUGCUGAGGCUCGAUUUCGUCCUGAACAUGCUGAAGUCCCCUUUCUUUUCCCCUGCAUCAAUACCACCAACAUUGAGCCGUUUAGCCGAAUCGAACCCACCAAAGCUCCGCCCGCUCCUGGGCAGGACCUUAAUCCCUUCAUCUUUAUUGGCUUUCGACGAUGAAGCAGCUUCCUUGCCCAUGAGAGCUGAAAACCCCGUCUCCAAGGAAACCUGCCUGCUGAAGCUAACACCACUUCUUUGGCCUCCAAACCCGCGGAUUCUGAAUUGCCUGGCCGAUGGAGGCCGGUUUGGUUUUUGGUUGCGUUCCAUUGUUGUUCUCUCUUCUUCUCCACCUCCUUCUUCAUCUCCUUCGUGGAGUACUUCAUGGAUGUCCACGAAAUGGCUGUCCCCUGGCUUCGGAGAAGCUGGCUUCAUUGUUUGUUUUUUCUCCAUUGUUGUUUCCCAAAGGCAGAGACUUUAGGGGUGUGGGUUUAUAGACGCGUUUGAAAAGAGCAUGAUCACGAGCAGCUUUGUUUGGAGGGCAUUGGAAGCUGUGGUGUGUGAACCAGAGUUUGAGGCCCAAAUGGUGUUGUCAAAGCCAAAGUGUAAUGGCGAAAUGGAGGGAGGAGGGGUUCUUCUCGUGAUUCAGAAAUCGACCUUGUGGCUCUUCUUUUUUCUGCUACACGCAGGAGGGAGUUUUGGGUAGAUGGAGGAUUUCACGGGUUGAAGAGAGACAGCCAAAGGUUUUGUGAGUUGCUUUUUUCCCCUGGAAAGCUUUGGUUUCCGAUGGAAGAUUUUUGGCGAAGGAAUAGAUAGUUAGUUGGAUUGAUGUAUUCCUUCGCCAAUAGGAUUCAGAAAUUUUCG